UUUUUUUAAAGAGAAAUAAUAUAAUUGAUGAAAACCCCAAAUAAAUUGAAGUGCAUAUUUUGCUUUUGUAUCAUAUUCAUAUCAGUUUUUAAACAUUUAAGUUUAGGAAAAGUUAAAAACCUUUAGCUUUUGAAAAAAAUGAAAAUCAUUGCCUUAAUUUUUGCCAUUUUGGCAUUGAUUUCUUCAGCUGCUGCUAUUAAAAAUGCUGUUUGUGGUUUGAGACAUUCUAUGGAUGGUAAUGAGGAUGGUUUUUCCUGCGAUGCUUACUUUCCAUCCUGGUCAUAUAAAGCUGAUAACAACGAGUGUGUUGAAUUUGUCUUUGGCGGUUGUGGUGGUAAUGCCAAUCGUUUCCAUUCUCUUCAAGAAUGUGAAGCUAUGUGCAAGGAAUAAAUAUUUCUAUAGCUUUUUUUAAUAAAAAGAAAUUGUUUAAUAAAAAUUAA